AUGGCCCUCCUAGCCUCAAAAGAUGCUACAGUCCACAAAGCCUAUUUUUUGUUCAAGACACUUAUGGUGCACAUCGAUAAGUCAAUCCAAGUACUAGGCGGAAAAUCAGCUCCGUGGAAACAGAAACUACGUCGGGCGUUGCUUAACAUAAAGAUAGAACUAGGAGAGCUCUACGAAAAGACAUUCCAACGCUUCGGGAUUAUGUAUGGAACUGGGACUUUGAUUGCGCCCCAAUACAAGGUUUCCGCUCUCGAUGGUGCCACGUCAUCAUGCCUGGGCCACCCCGAGCGCUACAUUGAAUAUCUAAAGAUCUUUCAUUUACAGUACCGACCGCAAAUGCCUACGAGCUUAUCUUACGUAAAUGGAAUGUCUCGUUCUCCGCAUUUGUUGGAACACGACCGGAUUCUGCACCCAUUGACUGGUCUGGUGGCCAGUUCAACGAAUCAGAAAGAUGAAGUUGGUCAAUAUCUUCGAGAAGGGGCUGUGAAUAUUUCGCCACGCGCUUACUGGAAAGAUCAUCAACACGAAUGGCCUGUUCUCGCUCGACUGGCUCGCGAUCUACUCUCCAUUCCGACUACGGGUGCUGGCUCGGAACGACUAUUUGCCAUGGCAGAGAAGAUCCAUCAUGUCCAUAGGGGACAUUUGGAUGAGUCGACCAUGCGUGACCUCGUGAUGUACACGUACUCGGAGGAGUCGAAAUCAGACAAGUAA